GUUAUCUUAUAUUAUAUGCUUCCGACGUUGGCUUAUUAUUGAUUCAAGUUUGUCAAAUGUCCAUUCCCGAAAGCCCAUUUUCUUCUUCUUCGCCUUCGCCUUCUUUGCCUCAGACCUCUUCUGGGAGAGUUGAACUAGUUUCCAAGUUCGUAUCGGAUCGACUUGUUCAGAAGUUUUAUGAUGUGUCUGAAUUCGGCUUUGAUUACGAGCAAAGUGGAUUGUGGUCUCCUCCGGUCCAGAGGACUGUGUUCAUGAGCUCCUCCGGGAAAAUAUUCACGGAAGCAGAUAUUCUGUCAAAACUCAGAAGCGCAUUGCAGAGGCAUCGUCGUGGAAGGAAACACAGAUCACUUUGUUUCAAUGUAUUGGUUUGCUGCUUCCGAGUGAGAUGUUCAAGGGUUAUGCAGGGGAAAAGAAAAGCAUGGAAAGUGGAACGAGCUGCAAAAACCGGACCUGAGAUGAAAAUGCAGACUUGGAACAGGAAAGUCAGGGGAGUGACUUGAAAAGCCUAGGGACUAACAAAAGAAGAACUUGGCGUAUUAUUGCUCAGUAUGAAUGUAAAACAUGUUUCCAUUUACUUGCUUCUUAAUUAAUGUAAGUAUGCAUCCAUGAACAGUGUGCAAAACUUUUGAAUGCCAGUUGGUGUUUUCUACUAUUUAUGUGAUGGAUCUACGACUAUACAUUGUCA